UCUCCGUGUCGUGAUCUGCAUCUUCCUGCAUUCAUCACCAUCAAAAAUUCGCCAAACCAUCAACAGACCAUCCCGGAAUCCUUGACUGCGCGGCUGCUAAACGUGAUGCUGUUAGACGUGCACUCCAAUCAGCUAAAGUGCCUCCCAAACUCCAUAGGAUGUCUCUCCAAACUCAAGAUCUUGAACGUCUCCGGCAAUCUCCUCCUACAACUUCCUUCAACCAUAGAGAACUGCAGAUCCCUUCAAGAGCUGAACGCCAACUUCAACAAGCUCCGGCAGCUCCCGGACACGAUGGGGUUCGAGCUUCUAAACCUAAGAAAGCUAUCAGUGAACUCAAACAACCUGGCCUUCCUCCCCCACUCGACCUCCCACCUCACCAAGCUCCGGGUCCUCGACGCCCGCCUCAACUGCCUCCGAUCCCUCCCCGAGGAUCUCGAGAAUCUUAUCAACCUUCAGAUCCUGAAUGUGAGCCAGAACUUCCAGUACCUGGAGACGCUCCCAUACUCGGUGGGGCUGCUGAUGUCGCUGGUGGAGCUGGACGUGAGCUACAACAAGAUCGCGGCCCUCCCGGACUCCAUCGGGUGCCUGAAGAAGCUGCAGAAGCUGAGCGUGGAAGGGAACCCGCUGGUGUCGCCGCCGCGGGAGGUGAUGGAGCAGGGGCUGCUGAUGGUGAAGCAGUACAUGUGCGACAAUAUCAACGGGAGGACGUCGUACCAGAAGAAGUCGUGGCUGGGGACGCUGGCCAAGUGCGGCUCGUUUAGCGUGAAUAGGAGUAAUAGGGAAGACGGAUACAUCAUGCCGCCGAGUCCGAUGCCGAGUUAUAAGGCCAUCGAUGGUGUAGCGUCGCCCAGAUAUUUUAAUAUGGGGUUCUUCUCGCCCAAGCGCCUCUUCUCUCCCAAGUCCUACUUCUCCAAAUGAUUUCUUUUUUGCUCAUUUUUUUUGUUUUUUUAGUGUGUCAUCAUCAAUUUUGUGUAUUAAUUGUUGUCAUGUUUUUGUAAAAUAGAUAUGUGUGUAAUUAAUUGUUUCAUGAACAUGUAGAACGAGUGAUACACCGCCUGCGUGUGUAUUGUCUCGGAGAUCUGAGAAAGUAGAACCAA